CCUCUCACCUGCUCGGCCUCCUCCUCCUCCCAACACCUCAGAUUCCCGGAGCUGUGAGGGAGUGAGCGCUGCCUCCCUUCUCCCGGCCCAUUCCCAGCCCCUUCCCUCUGCACCUCCCUCUCCCAGCAGCACUGCUCCCCUCCCCUCGGUGACUGUGGAGGAAAUGAUGUGGUAAUGCCUGGCUAAUUGCAGCUCCAGACACCCAACUGGAGGAGCGGGCGGCCACUUCCUCCUGUCGCAGACGCAGGCUGUUUGCACUGAACUUUUUGUCGCACCCGGUCCGGGCUUUGUGCGGUGACGGUAUCUGCUCCCCCAGUGUGGGGGGAGGUCUCCCGGCGCUGGCUGCAGAGGGAGGUGUCCUGCCUGGAAGAUGAGGAGAGCUGCAGGGGGAAAGCUUCCUAUCCGCUGCUGGAAGCGCUGGCUGUGAUUGCACAGCAGCCCCAUGGCCGGUGCGUGUGUUCGCUAAGAGAACGAAGCGACUGAUCGUCCUCUGCAGACCGGCUCCCACUACUUCCAACCCAGAGCAUUCAAGAUGACUACCACGAACAGAGUUGUCUAGACAGAAACAGCCCUCAGUGAUUAAGCAUAAGCAGUGUUUGUUCAGAGCUGUACAAUGGUAGAUGGUGGUAUGAUUCUUCCCUUACUUAUGAUGAUAGCCUUUUCGUCUCCAAGUAUGGAAGAUGAGGAGGUAAAGGUGAAUUCGGGGCAGUAUAAAUGUGUGUGUGAGGGGGUCUCCUGUGGCAGUGGUAACCACUGCUAUGGACAGCAGUGCUUCUCCUCACUCAGCAUAAACGACGGUGUCCUGAUGUACCAGAAAGGCUGCUUCCAAGUCUAUGAACAAGGCAGGAUGACGUGCAAGACCCCUCCGUCCCCUGACCAGGCGGUGGAGUGCUGUCAGAGUGACCUCUGUAACAUGAACAUCACAGCGUACUUGCCAAGUAAAGGGAAGUCACUGCAUGGAGAGGGAUUACAUUACAGUGUGGACACUCUGGCUAUAUUCAUCCUGGCCCCGGUGGUUGUGCUGAUAGUGCUUUCCGUCGUGGCUCUGCUAGUCUUCCGAAAAAUUCAGCAGCGUCACAUGGAAAGGUUGAGUACACGGGAUGCAGAGUACGGAACUAUAGAUGGACUCAUCGCAUCCAAUGUUGGGGACAGCACACUAGCAGACCUGUUGGAUCACUCGUGUACAUCUGGAAGUGGGUCUGGUCUUCCUUUCCUAGUGCAGAGAACAGUGGCACGACAGAUCACCCUAGCAGAGUGUGUCGGCAAGGGUCGUUACGGUGAAGUAUGGCGCGGCCUCUGGCAAGGAGAAAGCGUCGCUGUGAAGAUUUUUUCAUCCCGGGAUGAGAAAUCCUGGUUCAGGGAAACUGAAUUAUACAACACAGUGCUGCUGAGACAUGAAAAUAUUCUAGGUUUUAUAGCCUCAGACAUGACUUCCAGAAACUCCAGCACGCAGCUAUGGCUAAUUACUCACUACCAUGAAAUGGGAUCGCUCUAUGAUUACUUGCAAGUGACCACGCUGGACACUGUGACCUGCCUCCGAAUUGUGCUAUCCAUAGCCAGUGGGUUGGCACAUUUACACGUAGAGAUAUUCGGUACCCAGGGGAAGCCUGCCAUCGCUCACCGUGAUUUAAAGAGCAAGAACAUUCUUGUCAGGAAGAAUGGGCAGUGUUGUAUAGCAGAUCUAGGUUUGGCUGUUAUGCACUCUCAAUCAACCAAUCAGCUCGAUGUUGGGAAUAACCCCCGAGUAGGGACUAAGCGAUACAUGGCUCCUGAAGUUUUAGAUGAGACGAUCCAAGUGGAUUGUUUUGACUCUUACAAAAGAGUUGAUAUUUAUGCUUUUGGUCUGGUCCUCUGGGAAGUUGCCAGACGAAUGGUUAGCAACGGCAUUGUUGAAGAUUACAAGCCUCCUUUUUAUGAUGUUGUUCCGAAUGAUCCUAGCUUUGAAGAUAUGAAGAAAGUUGUCUGUGUGGAUCAACAACGACCAAACAUUCCCAAUAGAUGGUUCUCAGACCCAACACUAACAUCGCUUGCUAAGUUGAUGAAGGAAUGCUGGUAUCAAAACCCAUCUGCAAGACUCACUGCCUUGCGCAUCAAAAAGACUUUAACCAAAAUUGACAAUUCCUUAGAUAAACUUAAAUCUGACUGCUGAAAAUCUGCCAUGAAAUCCGUGCAUCAUUCAUAAUAAAAACAAAUUAAAAUACAGUGCUUGCCUGACGAGGUUUAGACUUUAUUUCAAACCAUUUGUUUUGUAUGCAGAACUUCUAAGUACAUACCCACCUUUUUGAAGACGGUCCCACCAAGGAAUAUUGAAGCGUGGCUAAAUUACUGUAAUGGUAACAUUACUGAAUACUGGCUUUCAAGGCAAUGGUCGGGUGAAUAUUUGCAAAGAUUUGGAUCCAAAGGAGCACAGGGGAAUUUCGGGACCGAUCUGGGCAUUAAAAGUUGAUUUUGGAGGAGGACAAACACUUUUCAUGACUACCCUGGUCACUCAUUACAUGGAUCUUAGUGGAUUUUUCAUUAGCAAUAUUUCGUGUGCUUCUCCGUUCCAUUGCACUAGAAAUUCUUUGCAUUCCUUACUUGCACUGUAAUGUUUUAAUUUUUAUGACAGAUGCCAAAUAUAUGGUUGGCUGUGUACGGAUCUGUUAUUACACCUAUUCAAAUUUGAAGAAAGAUUUAAAAAUAAGUGUCAUUGUUAGCUGGAUUUUACAUGUGUAUUGAUGUUUACAAUAAUGCUGAACAUAAGAAUUUUUUUAUCUAUAAAAAAAAUUCUAAUUAUUUAUUAUUAGCGCACUUAACGUUUAAAAAAACAAACAAAAAAAACUGAACAGUGCAAGAGGCUAUCGCUUUAUUUUGUGGUCUGUUUUUUUGUUUUUUCACUUUUACACAACUAAUUUUAUAACACAUGAUAAGGAAGAGACUUUUUCUGUAUGAUCACAUUGCGAUGUCACAUUAUUAUUUCUCAAUACUGAGAAGUUUGUGUGGAUUUAUCAGUUUGAAUUUAGAAUUCUAAAUGUAAUCUCUCCCCUUAACCGGCUCACAUUUUAUUGACAUAGGAAAUAACAACAUUGUGUGCAAAUUUCCAUACAAAAUUCUGGAGACUUUCACAAAAAGAAAGUGGAGUUGCUUAUCUUCUAAGCUACGUAAUAUGUUGCAUUGUAAACUCUGCCAGAAAAUAACUAUUUUGUUUUAAUCUACUUUUUGUAUUUAGUAGUUAUUUGUAUAAAUUAAAUAGAAUGUUUUUAAGUCUAAAAAGAGUUGUUGUUUUUUCUGUAAAACAGAAGGUAUUUCAUGUUUGUUGUAUGACUUUUAAAAGUUAAUGGAUUUUCCACCUUCAGGUGACUUUUUUAAGGUUGUGUACAUGCCCUUGUUCAUCUUUUACUAUUUACAGUGUUCAUUUACCAAGUUGCAGACUUCCUUCUAGGUUUUUCACCAAAACCAUUGUUUAAUGUUGGCAUGUUGACUUUCAUUGCUCGUGGAUGCAACAAGAAACUCUGGAUUUAAUUGUAGUCAAUAUGUUAACAUUUUUCCGAUCCAGAAAGGUGGAAAUAAACUACUAUCCCUGGUAGCUGUGUUUGGUUUAACAAUAAUGCUAGAAGCCAGGGAUAUGGGCAAUAGCUGUAGUAAAAGUAGCAGCAUGGUAAUUACAAACGAGUAAAUGAAUAUUGUAUGAAGGUGGAAAACUCCUUUAAGUCAAGCACCUUACUUCUAUUAAUAGCUAUGUCAUUUUAAAGAAACAAGCAAAAAUAUUCACUUGUAUAAAAACAAAUUCACAAAAUAAAAAAAUGGAGUUAGUAACGUUUAA